AUGGGCUUCAUAGCCGGCUUCACCGGAGGCCUAACCCUCACCCUCUCCCUAACCUACCUAGCCCUCCACACCCACCGCCGCAACCGCGAAGUCCAAUCCAUCCUCCUCCGCUCCCAAUCCCACACCCUCGACACUCUCAACCCCCUGUCUUCUUCCACCCUCCCCCCCCGCAAAUCAUCCUACAUCACCACCGACGGCACACACACCUACAUCCCCCGCCAAACCCUCGCCUCCACCACCACCUCCUUCCUAGAAGAGGCAAAGUCCCGCUGGAACUCAGAGGUCAUCGCCGCAGUAAACUGGGCCCAGUCCCACUCCCCUGCUAUCGAAUCAACCGCCUCCUCCGCCGUCGUCGACCUGGCGCAUAAUGCCCCCGCCAUCAAGGAGCGAGUAGCAGACGCAAGCAGAGAAGGAUGGCAGACGGCUGAGAAGGGACUUUUCAGAGCAGAAAAAAAGAUUGGGGAGGUUGUUGAGAGGACGGUGGAGAAGGGGAAGGAGGUUUAUGGAAAGGCAAAGGCAAAGGUUUACUUGGCGGAGGAGAAGCUGGAGGGGAAGCUUGAGGCUAAGUUGGAGGGUGUGAGUGAGAUUGAGAGGGCGCUGGCGGAGAGGUUUGACCAGGCGAAGAGGGAGAGGCGGUUGGAGAGGACUGUGGAGGAGGUUUUGGCGGAGAGGUAUAAGCCGAUUGAUGAGAGGGAUUUUGGGGGGUUGGCGCUGAUCUGA